CGCGCCCUCUUCGCUCGUGCGCGCGCUCGCAGUCUCCACCACCCACCAGCUCAGACACCAGCAGCAGCGCCGCCGCCGCCGCCCACCUUCUGCCACCGACACCACAGCCACUUUCUCCUCUGCUUCCCUCUACUGUCCUCGCCCUCUGUCGACUAUCAGGUGGGCUUUGAACCAGGAUGGCUGAACCCCGCCAGGAGUUCAACGUGAUGGAAGAUCAUGCUCAGGGGGACUACACCCUACUGCAAGACCGCGAGGGUGACAUGGAGCACGGCCUGAAAGAAUCUCCCCUGCAGACCCCGGCCGAUGAUGGAUCUGAGGAACCAGGCUCUGAAACCUCUGAUGCUAAGAGCACUCCAACGGCGGAAGAUGUGACAGCACCCUUAGUGGAUGAGGGAGCCCCCGGUGAGCAGGCGGCCGCUCAGCCCCCCACGGAGAUCCCAGAAGGAACCACAGCUGAAGAAGCAGGCAUUGGAGACACCCCCAACCUGGAAGACCAAGCUGCCGGACACGUGACCCAAGCUCGCAUGGUCAGUAAAGGCAAAGAUGGGGCUGGACCCGAGGACAAAAAAACCAAGACAUCCACACCUUCCUCUGCUAAAACCCUGAGCAAUAGGCCUUGCCUUAGCUCCAAACGCCCCACUCCUGGUAGCUCAGACCCUUUGAUCAAACCCUCCAGCCCCGCCGUGUGCCCAGAGCCAUCUUCCUCUCCUAAACACGUCUCUUCUGUCACACCCCGAACUGGCAGUUCUGGAGCAAAGGAGAUGAAAGUCAAGGGGGCAGAUGGUAAACCUGGAACGAAGAUCGCCACACCCCGGGGAGCGGCCCCUCCAGGCCAGAAGGGCCCGGCCAACGCCACCCGGAUUCCAGCAAAAACCACGCCCACCCAGAAGACCACGCCCACCCCGAAGACCCCACCAGGCACGGGUGAAUCUGGGAAAUCCGGGGACCGCAGUGGCUACAGCAGCCCAGGCUCCCCAGGCACUCCGGGCAGCCGCUCCCGCACCCCUUCCCUGCCGACCCCGCCCACCCGGGAGCCCAAGAAGGUGGCAGUGGUCCGCACUCCACCCAAGUCACCGUCUGCAGCUAAGAGCCGCCUGCAGACCGCCCCCGGGCCCAUGCCAGACCUGAAGAACGUCAAGUCCAAGAUCGGCUCCACAGAAAACCUGAAGCACCAGCCGGGAGGCGGGAAGGUGCAGAUAAUUAAUAAGAAGCUGGAUCUUAGCAACGUCCAGUCCAAGUGUGGCUCAAAGGAUAAUAUCAAACACGUGCCAGGAGGCGGCAGUGUGCAAAUAGUCUACAAACCAGUGGAUCUGAGCAAGGUGACCUCCAAGUGUGGCUCAUUAGGCAACAUCCAUCAUAAGCCAGGAGGUGGCCAGGUGGAAGUAAAGUCUGAGAAGCUGGACUUCAAGGAGAGAGUCCAGUCCAAGAUCGGGUCCCUGGAUAACAUCACCCACGUCCCUGGCGGAGGGCAUAAAAAGAUUGAAACCCACAAGCUGACCUUCCGCGAGAACGCCAAAGCCAAGACCGACCACGGGGCGGAGAUUGUGUACAAGUCGCCCGUGGUGUCGGGGGAAACGUCCCCACGGCACCUCAGCAACGUCUCCUCCACUGGCAGCAUCGACAUGGUGGACUCACCGCAGCUGGCCACGCUCGCCGACGAGGUGUCCGCCUCCCUGGCCAAGCAGGGGUGGGGGUCCUGAGCUGAGGGGCUUCCCUCUGCCCCGCGGAAACCCUGUUUUAUUGAGUUCUGAAGGUUGGAACUGCAGCCACGAUUUUGGCACCUCACUGACCUGGGACUUUAGGGCUAACCGGUUCUUUGUAAGGACUUGUGCCUCUUGGGGGACAUCCGCCUGUUCCCAAGCCUGGGCCUCUGGCAUCUCUGGAGUGUACGGGGACCUGGGAGGUGGCUCCUGAACCUCUCAUCCCUCCCACGGCCACCGCAGCCACCUGUCUGCCCCACCAUGCCUGUGUCUGCCGUGCGGAGCCCAGUCACUGCCUGUACCCCGCAUUACGUCACGCUGUCCCGAGUUCCCAGCCUCACCCCACCCCCCUUUCUCAGUAACGGACAUUGUUUAGAUGGGGAGGCACCUCCUCUAAACCAAGGGGGAAAGUCAAGGAGGGGAAAGUCCGGACACGGCGGGGGGACCUCAGUCUCUCAGUCUAAGUUGUACUCAUCCAGCUGGCAUGUCCCUCACAAUGAACCUGAUGACCUUACUCGGCUCCCUGCCCCUGCCCCCAUCCCAGAUGGGAGCCAGGGUGGGGUUCGCAGUGACCCUGGACGUUUAUGCCUUGUUUACUUGGAGAGCCUUUUCUCCCAGAAGGCCUGGUUCCCUUCCUGUGCCGAGCUGGCAGCAGGUUGGCCGUCCUGGAUGCCAGAGAUGGCACGGGGACGGGCAGGCAAGGCCCCCAGGGCAGGACCACGCUCCCUCCAUUCCUUACGUCUGCCCCAGCUUGUGACUGCCAGCCUCUCAAGAGAGCCCAGCCGCUGCUCAACCCCAAGAGCAUAUAAUCAGCCCUCACCCCAAAAAGGGAAACAUGCCCCCUCGGAAAUGGUUCUUCCCCCGGUCUCAGCUGGAAGCAAUGCUGUCUUGUCCUCCUGGAGCAGCUGAACAUAUACAUAGAUGUCGCCCCUCCCUCCCCAUCUGCACCCUGUCGCGUUGUAGUCGGAUUUGUCUGUUUAUGCUUGGAUUCACCAGAGUGACUAUGAUAGUGAAAAGAAAAAAAAAAAAAAAAAAAAAAAAAGGACGCAUGUAUCUUGAAAUGCUUGUAAAGAGAUUUCUAACCUACCCCCCACGGGAGUCCUAGAUGUCUCUCACCCCCCAGCUGGGACUUGGAUCCAGAAGGCCAGUGUGACUCUCUUCUGUGGGGCCUCCCAAUUUUUGAAAGACUUUCAUCAACAUCUGGGACCCAGCGGAGACCAGAUGCUGCCAUCUGAGAACCCUCAGCUGCAAAGAAGGCCUGAAGCACAGGAGCAGGACAGAAGCUAUGGUACCCCCUCCCCACCCCCGGGGCUCCCUUCUGUCAGGCAGGGGGGCAGUGUGUCUUGUGGUGAAGAUGGCCCUGGAGAAGCCCCACAGCAGCCUUGAGAGAGGGUCGUACAACUAACUCCCUGCGUCACGAGUGCCGGCUGGGGAAAGGUCUGCAACCCACCCUCCAGCCCGGGGUCCCGCUCCAAGCUCUCCCGCAGGAAGGCUGGCCCAGGCCUCCCCACCCGGGGCCUGAUGGCCACAGCAGGGGUUGGGAUGCACUGCCUGCCCUGGACUGGCCCCAGGGGCCUGAGCCGCCUGACAAGGGUGACAGGUCAGGAGACAACCAUUUCCAAAUCCUUGGCCAGAGCCCCUGCUGACCUUGCAUGAAACCCAUCUCCUGCCAUGGGGAAAGGGAAGCAGCCUUUGUAGAAAUCUGCUGUUUGAAGAAAAUCAGCAACCUCAGCUUGGUUCUGCCACUUCUGAUUUGGGUACAGUUCAAGGCAACCGUACGGGGCUGGGUGGUUGGAGUCCAGGGCCAGACGCUUCAUCUGCGGCCAGAGGAUCACCUGGGCCCCAAACUUCCCGCAGUGCGGCUCUCCUUUGUCCGCUGGGUCCCAGCUGGUCUUGGAAGGGUUCUGAGGAAGAAAGAGGAAACUUGGUGUGAAAAUCUGGUGGCUGUUAAGAGAUGCAGCCCCUCAUUACUGCCACCAAUUCUGGCUGCAUUUCUUGAACCUCUCCCUGCAGUUUCUGCACCCUGCCCUCCAGUUCCUUAUUCCGAGGGCCUUACUCAGCGGGCACCUCGUGUUGCAUGGGCUGUUGGGGGCAGCCUAAAGAUCGUGGUUUAGGGUCAUCAGGUCAGUGCUGGCAGGGAGCCUGCAGAGCGCAACGCUGGCUUGGAACCGUAAAAGAGGACACAGCCCCCAGGGCUGGGCACUCCCCCACCGCCAUUUCUUCCAGGUCCGGUGUCCCUCGGGUGGGGCUAGAUGGGAUACACUACCCGCCUGGUUGCUUCAAGCUCUGCAUUCACUUUAUCAAAAGCUCCAUUUCAACUGACUUCAGUGGUGAGACCGUAUCCUGUUGUGCUCCUGGUGGGGCCGUGGGGGGAGAGGAACCUGUAGGAGAGUUACCACUGGGCAAAAAGGGGUCUUGGAGAGCAGGAGUCCAAGGCCUGGUAAUACUUUUCUUCCUGAUUUCAACCACGUGUGCUAGAGGUCCCUUGGGAUUUCACCUUCUCACCGACAGGUGCCACAGGCUGCCAGCUAGUUCCCAUCUCCUUCCCGGCCAGGUGCAGGCAGUGAGGCUUGUGGAGGAAUCCGGAGAUAUGAUUGCUGUGACCCGCUGCCCUUCUGCGGGGUUCCCAAGCCCGCAGUCAUGCCUCCCGAACACGCUGGCAUCCUUUCCUUUAAGCUGCUGGCACCUCCACGUCACCUUUCCCACCAGCUCCGGACACACAGCCUGUACUUCUAGUAGCUGCUAAGAUCUCGUCACCCUUAAAUCUCUGUCCUCCAAGGAAAGCAAAGAGGCAGGGAUGAGGGCAGAGGUGGAGGUCAUCAGCUUGUCCUGUCUACAGAUCUGUGGCUUCAAGAGACUUCUGGUUUCUCUUCAGCUUUGAAAAGGGUUACCCUGGGCGCUGACCCAGAGUCUCACCUCCUAACGGACUUAGCCCCGUGAAUUUGCAGUGUUGCGCAGGACAAUUUCUGGCACUUGCAAGUCCCAUGACUCCUUUGUUAAUUUUGAGGGUGGGGGGAGGGACAUGAAACCACCUUAGCUUAGCUUCCUGUCUGUGAAUGUCCAUAUGGUGUAUUGUGUGUUUUAACAAAUGAUUUACACUGUUGCUGUAAAAGUGAAUUUGGAAAAUAAAGUUAUUACUCUGAUUAAA